GACUGCGCAUGCGUGAAAAUGGUGCGCAUGCGCACUUCAGGCGAGUAGAAGCCCCGUGUUAACGUGAUUAGCUAAAACAUCAGAAAACGUCCUAAAGCUUUAUGAGCCUCAGGCUUCAUGUGGUUUAUAAAGAACAGCAUGAGGACUGCGGUUAGCUGACAGUGUCCCAGCGGACCUACAGGUAACGAGGCAUGGCCGUCUCGUGUGAUUAGCGAUGUGAAGUUGUUCACAUUCGCCGCCUGCGUCUUCUCCUUCUUCUUCUUCUUCAUCGUCGUUGUUCUUCUCUGGAGCAAUUUUGUGUGACUCGUCGUCACACAGCGAAUAUCCAGGAUGAAGAAAUUUAGUCUCAACACAAUCAGAAAGUCAUUGAGCAUAAAAGGGAAGGAAGAGAACGAGUACGCCGUGUCACAGCCGGACCUGUCCACCGGGUUUCCUUCGGAGCCGUCUCUGUACGCAGGCUGCUACAGCAAGGACCUCGUGGCCGCUAAUUUGGAUAACGAGGAACUGAAGGGAUGUAAAAGUCGCUCUAAAAGCGAAGGUCUUAUGGGAACCCUGAAGAGGAGACUAUCGACGAAGCAGAAACCAAAGGUCAAAGCGAGUUCUCCGUCCGUUUGCUCGAUCGACGACGACGCGUUCUCGUCAUCAUCGGAGCCCAUCACGUUUCGCGAUCUGAAAUCGCAGCAUUCUUCUCGCUCGACGUCUUUACAGAGCCACCAUUACAGCCCGACGCCGUGGCCUCUCAGAGUGACGAACUCCGAGGAAACGUGCAACGCCAGGGUCAGCGCUCUGAUCCCGUCCAGCAACUCGAGCUUGUCUCUCAACGCCGUCCAGAAGAACUUCCUGGGAGACGAGAUGUUUGACGGUCAGAGUCCCGACCCUCAGAACGGCGAUCUGGAAAUGGACGAUCACGUGCCUGUAGUCAUCGGUCUCACAGCUCAGGAUUACAUUCAGUACACGAUGCCUUUAGACGACGGACUUUUCUCCGAAGACGAGCCGCCUCGGGCUUACUGCCUGGACGGAACGUCUCCGAUGGACGUGCUGCCUCAGAGCGAGUGUUCUCUUCACGCUGACGAGGACUCCAUCGGUCAUGACCUCCUUUCUCCUGACGUUUUCAUGGAGCCGUCAGUAAACCGGCUCAUUCUGAGCACCGCUAACGUUCUGCUGCAAAGCUCACGCCUACAGUCUCCUCUGCUACCUCCACUUCCUGUUAGCAGCCUUCCCGGGUUCGGCGGUACCCAAGUAGCCGAUUCGGUUCUGGAACAUCUCAGCUUCGAUCCGAACUCGGCGCCGGGAGUCCAGCGGGUGUACGACGCGGUGCAGACCAGCGGGCCGAUGGUGGUCACGAGUCUCACGGUGGAGCUGAAGAAACUGGCCAAGCAGGGAUGGUACUGGGGUCCGAUCACGCGAUGGGAAGCUGAGGAGAAGCUCGCGAACCUUCCGGAUGGUUCCUUCUUGGUUCGAGACAGUUCAGACGAGCGCUAUCUUCUAAGUUUGAGUUUUCGCUCGCAAGGAAAGACGCUUCAUACUCGAAUCGAGCAUUCUAACGGCUCCUUCAGCUUCUACGAGCAGCCCGACAUGGAAGGCCACACGUCCAUCGUCGAGCUCAUCGAUAACUCCAUCAGGGAUUCGGAAAACGGCGCGUUCUGCUACUCCAGAUCGCGCUUACCCGGGUCUGUGACGUACCCCGUCAGACUGACCAAUCCCGUUUCACGGUUUAUGCAAGUGCGGUCGCUGCAGUACUCGUGCCGGUUCGUGAUUCGUCAGUACACGCGCAUAGACCUGAUCCAGAAAUUGCCUUUACCGAACAAAAUGAAAGAUUACCUGCAAGAGAAACACUACUGAGCCGCCAGGACGCACGUCGCUUCUUGCACUUUUUUUAGGAUGUCAUAACGAACGAACGAACGAUCUUUUUUUUUCGUGGUUCGUCGCGCCAUUAAAUUCCACGUUCUUACGUUUCCUCCAGAGGAAAACGGUGACGUUUUGUUUGUUUGUUUGUUUGUUUGUUUGUUCAGUGUUAGAAUAAGUAGCAGAUGAAGUGUUAAGAUGGCGGGUCGAGUGAACGGAGCGUAUCGCUCUCGCUGCAUGCUCAUUUAGACGUCUAGUAUUAUUCCUAACAUGCGUUUUAAUUCCAGGAACAAAAACACUCGCAGGAACAACGUUAAUUGUUUCAUUAAUUUAAAUUCAUUUCCCGUUACGUAACCUAGCAAAAAAAAAUCGUAGAGCUGUUACAGUGCUGUUUUGCCUUAAUGACAUUUAUUUUUUUAUUUUGUAAUUUUUUCUAGCACACUAAUAAAUAAGCUAUAAACUCGUCACAUUUCACUUUUCUUUACUAAAAGAAGGGCUUCGUGGUAAAAUAUCGUAUCACGGUGUUUAGUUUUACUGGGGUUUGAUAAAAAAUUGUAACAGAAGAGAAUGUUUUGAGUCACGUUAUAAAUCUAAAGACGUUUCAUUUACCGUGAACGUUACGGUGUAACAGCCUGAGAAGUUAAAAAAUUAAUAAAAAAGGUAGAUUUUAAUAUCAAGUACCAAGUAUCUUUUAUCAAAGAUUUUUGUUGUUUAAAAAUUUACGGAUUAUCUGUAAACCGACAAACCUAAAAUCCAUCUUUUAUUUUAUCAAAUCUUUAUUAAGUAUAAGUAAAAAUAAAAAUUUAACGAAUUCCUAGUCUACAUUAACGGAACAGAUCUAGCUAGCAGCAAUGCUAGUAACAUUCGUGAGCCUAGCUAAGUUCUAAAUUAUGUAAAAACGCAGGCACUGAGGUGUCAUGGAUAUAGCCUGAGGUAGCUAGCUAGCCCAAUGUACAUUUCCGUAUUUUAACCUGAAGUAAAAAAGGAGGGAUAAAAAACUGUAGUAGCAGUAGCGGACUCGUUUUAUUUUAGUGCUGUAUGCUAAAUCAGACUUCGCGCUAAAUUUUAUCUCAAACUCAACGUUAGCGAAGCUUCGCGAAGCGAUAGCGUUAUUAGCUGAUUAACGUAGUAGCUUUGCUGUAAUUAGUCUCUGAUUGAUUUGCUAAAGGUUAAUUAUUAAUUAGCAUCCCGGUACUGAAUUGUUUUUUUUUUCGUAGCUUUUGUUAAAACGCUUUCUUACAAAGUUGAAUACAUUCCUUUAAAUUUCCCUAAACAGAUUCCUCUGUGUUCCAAACCGCUCUGUGUUCACAAUUUUGAGUACUUUGAAGCGUGUUGUGUGUGAAAAGUGAAAUCCCAUGAUGCACUGCAACAGAUUAGUGUCCACAUGAAGAACCUUAAUGAACACUGAACUCCCAUAAUGCACUUUGUAGGGAAUAAGGAACUUGUCUGGGAUCAUUAAUGGUACGUUUGUUUUUAUAAUUUUACGAGCGUUUAGUUAUUCGUUUUUUUUGUUUUCUUAGUUUUUUUGUUUUUUUUUAAUUUGGUGCAUUCGUUGUCGUGACGAUGUGGUUCUAGAAUAAACGUGGUUCUUUUCUUGGUUCUAUCUCACAGAUCAACAUGUCUUGAUAUUAAAUUGAUAUAUGAUAAUUGAUUAAUUGAUUUAAAAAGUUACUUUGACUUCACACUGAAUUAGUAAUAGUUAGUAGAUCAAAGAGUAAGGAUUAAAAAUGAUGUCAUCAUCAUCAUCAUCACGAUGACCUCAUCAUCUCAAAUACCUACAGAAUAAAACGCUGGAGUUUCCUACAACAGUGUUUCAUUCACCAACAAUUACAAUUUAUUCACUAAAGAACGACACGUCGUAAUUUUUAUCCAUUUAUAGUUGCAUUAAUGUUGUCCACGUUCUCACUUACGUUAUAGCAGCUAUAAACAGUCUUUCCUCUCUUUUUUUUUCCUCUCUUUGUUGAAGUUAAUAAGACGAGAAACCGCAAAACAGCGUAAACUCCUCUGUCCUGAAGAUGUUACAGCUUUACCUCUGACUGUUACAAAACACUGGCACUGGAGACUCCUUCCACACCCUAAAUACAUUUCUCUCUUUACAGAAAACGUCACCAUAUCAACGAUUUUUAAAAAAAAUCUGUUUAUUAUUAGCCGAGUGUCCAGUUAUAUGAGUUCCUGUGAAUGAGCUGUUGCUAUAGAAACGAUAACGUAUUAGAACGAGCGCAUUAAUAUAAACAGAAUUAUGGGAUGUCACGCCCAGAUUCGGACGCUUAGAUGAUGUCUAAAAUAAGAACUUUUUUAUUUUUUUUUAAAAAGUCUCCUGUUCUGUCACAUAUGAAGGGAAAACGAAGCUGUAUAUCGUAUGACGGAUUUUUGGCACAUGCCUAAUUUUGUUUACGUUGCCAGGUCAUGUGAUUUAACACCGUUAAAUCGUUGGUGUUGGUGAGUUUGCUGCAGUUUUAUUCCAUUUCGAUGAAAUAUUGUGUUCAGUGAGCAUGUGUUGAUAUUACACCUUUAUAUCAACUUAAUGCGAAUCGAUGAAAAAGUCAAUUUUAACGUCCAGCUGCGAGUAACAAUGGAGUCGUUUGGCGUUAAUAAUAAUAAAAUAUCUUUAAAAAUGGAGUAUAAAAGAGAUCAUAAUUUAUCGUAGUAUCAGGACCACAUCGUGUAAUUUUCCCUUUCUGUCGUUAGGUGAUGCGAAGAGUUCAUGAUGACAUCACACGGACUCUCAUUACGAACUUUAUCAAAACUUCAUCCUCGUUAUUGGUACUUUUUUUAAAAUUAUUUUUCUACCUGAACUUUAUCCUGGUCUUGUAGUGUAGGAGUGACGUUCGCGUCUCUGGUCAUGGAGGAUGUACGUCCAUAUGAAUGUUUGUCUCGCUGCUCGUCUCUUUUUUGGAUUCCGUGAUGUUCUACACGAGCGCUGGUGCACAUACGAUGUGUUACAGCGGCUUCUCUCGUUACUUGAAUACGUGUCGUGCUCGGCUCUGAGGUUUAAGUGUGCGAUAAUACGAUCUGCCGAUUUGUGCGUCGACGCUGAAAUAUUUUAUUUCACGUUUCAUGAUAAUUGUAACGGUUUAUUCGCUGCUCACGACAUAAUCACACGUGCACGGAGUGUUUCACGCACUAACCACUCGGCUUAGGUCAAAAGUUAACUCCUGAGAUCGCAUAACGUUAGCUAGCUAAAUUUAACCACAAAAAUAUAAUGCUAUGAUUACGUAUUCCUGAGCUGGUGUGGGCGGAGCUUCGUCACAAAUUCAACACGCGCAUAGUGAAAUAUCUCGCACACAUCUUUUCACUCUGUAACAUCAUUGUUGUUUUUAUAUUGUUUACCGUACGGACGAAUCUUGGUGUAACAUUCGUGGCCAUGUGCCGAUAUUACGUUACGUUUUUAAUUAUCAAUACGAUGUUGUAUUUUAAAGCUGCAGUGUGUAACUUUUUAGCAUUUGGAGACCACUUUGUUAAUAUAAUUAACUUCCGAAGGAACAGUCGUCUAAGCCAUGCCCCUCAAAUUUUAGACAAUUAAUCCGACAUUUGAUAAUAUUUAAGUCGUGCCCGAGGCGCUUGCAUGAAUUUGUGAAAAAUUUGCAGCAUUAAAGGCUAAAUCCACGGCGACUCAGAAGACUGCAACGUUGUAAAGAAAUUUAAUUUUUAAAAUUUUCUAGUAAAAAAAAAAAAAGCUUCCGUAAUUGUCAACAUUCAAAAAAAAAUAAUAAACAACAUACUGCAGCUUUAAAAUAACUACAUGUUCAUUGUGUACCAGCUCUCAUUGCGCUGAAAUUUUAACCGAAAAGUGAAGACUUAUCAUUUUAUCCGUUCUUUCCAUCUUUUUACGAUGACUCUCUGAGAAUGACGUACGAAGUUCAUAACAAAAUGAUUUGUCCGAAAUAUGGACAGCUGUGUUUAUGCUGCUUUUUAAACGUGAGCACAAUAAUGCUACCUGCGAAGACGUCUUCGUCACGAACGUCUCAAACACAAGGGCAAGGAUACUUUAAACGUCCCACGAUAUCAAUAUUGUACGUGAAUUUUACGAUAUAUCGUAUAAGUGAUUAUCAGCACAGGCCUAGAUGAAGGCUGAUUUGUUUCCCGUUUUUAGGGAAGGAAGUUUUUUUCCUUGGGGAUUUUCCUCGUUUUGUUCACAUUGGUACUUUUUCUUUUUAAUUUUUUUUCUUGUGUUUGACUUUAUGGCUGUCCUUCAGUCCACAUGGUUUAUGGAUAAAUAAUAUUUUUGGGAUGAAACUUCUGGUCGUGGAAGAAAGGCGAAGGUACGAAUGUCACAUGUUGUUGUGUUUUUUGUUCCAUUAACGCAUUUGGGAAGAAAUCUUCCCGAUUUUCAGACAUUUUCACACGUAUUUCAGAUCUCGGAAAAAGGAAAGCUGUGUGCUGGUUUUUAUUAUUGCACAUUUUGAGCUAAAUGUUUUAUAUCUACUCUGAAAUGUAAAUAAAAGACUUAUUCUCAAAUUUGUGUUACUGUGUUUGUUUGUUUGUUUGUUGUACGUUAUCUAUAACCAUUAAAAUUUGAAGGUGCUUCAGUUUUAUCAUUGAUAAUGAU